GUGUGUGUGUGAGACUGUGUUAACUGCUUUGUGCAACAGAUCACGUUGCCUUAAGUUGUAACCUUUCACAGAGGUUCAUGUUCAGAUGGAUUUGAUGUACUCAUCAGAGGCUUAUUCAGCUAAAUCAUCAUGCAGUCAUUGUUCACCACCUGUUAUAAAUAUGGCUGUGCCUCAAGUUUCCAGCUUACAAAGUAGCACUGGCAGUGGGAAACAUGGCAUCAGAUCUAAGCCAAAAUGUCAAAGUCUAAAGUGCUAUUUCCAAGCAUUAAUUUGCAGCACUGAAUCCAUAGCAUGCACAGUUUUUGCAAGUAAGACCAGCUUAAUAGUUUAAAUUAAGAGAGUAAUUUCUGAAAACUUGUUCAUGAAAUAAAGAAUUUCUCUAUUGUACUUCCCAAGCACUCCCGCGGGGUUGAUGCUUGUUAGGCUCCAUGAAAGUGUGAUGGGGUUGAGGUCAGGUGACUGUGGAAGAAAAGCGCACAAAAGACAGCACUCUCUGGUCUUCUUUCAAGUAGUUCUUGCACAGCUCGGAAGUGUGUUUGGGCUUAUUACGGCGCUGCAGUAUGAAUCCUUCUCUACAAAGGUGCAAGCCAGAAGGUGGAGCAUGUCCCUAAAUAACUGAGUGCUACUCUUUGGUCAGACUGUCACUGAUUUAGUGCAGGUGUCAAACUCCUUGCUCAUGGUUUCCCUUUGAAAUUUUCUGCUGGAAACUGGCAGAACAGCCAAAUUUACCUUAGCCAAGGAGGUUGUGUGAUUAGUUUGAGCUGCCUGUUCUAAUUUGAGAGCAGGUUUAAUCAAAAAGUUAUGGAAAUAAGGGGGGGAAAUGGGAGACAUUAUCAUGAUGUUUUCAAGAAAUACCACAAACUAAUCCAGAUCGAGAUAAUCUGAACACUGCUUCAACAAAAGGGAUGCAAAUCAGUGACUUCUGAUUACGUGCACAAGGGGGUUAGAGUGGUCAGUGCUAAAGAAUUACUUAAAAUAGUGCAGAAACAUUACUUUUUCACUUCACAAGUUUAGAUGUUUCUAACUCUUCAAACUUUCUGUACUUGGUUGUGUGUUUGUAAAGCUGAGAAAAAUGCACUUUUGACAAUCUUAGAGUCUAUGAAAUGCAUAAACAAGGAAUAUUCUUUUGGGGGGGGCUUGUUGCAGUUUACUUCCAGAUGAAGUAAAAAACAAACACUCUUCCCUUUUAAACUGUAUGCCAUAACAACAUAUGCUUUGAACAUUUCUGAGAGGAUUAAUAGAUUAGAGGAAUGCACUGCCGGAUUCACUGAUACUGAGAAAUAAUGGCCUGUGGAGUUACUGGUGAUUUGUAUCCGUCUACAGACAGGUUUGGCAGACGCACAUCAUGCCUCAUUGAGAUACUGCGAGUGAUACAAGGUCAAAACCUCAAUGAUUCAUGAAGAAAAGCGUAGACAGUGGGUGAAGGCUGCCACUUUAAAAUCUGCAGGCCAGGGCUGCCACUGGAUUAACUAAAUGAACAGUACUUGGGAAUAAUACAAUGGCCCAUUCUCAUUCAGUAUAAUCCUUGCAGGUAUUGCAAGCAGUUUCAUAUGACUCGGCAGCAAAAAGGCAACUGCAAGCACCUCUCUGAAGAAGUGUUUUGACUAUAGGUUAAAACAGAAUACAAAUGUCAACUAUAAAUGUCCGAGUUACAACCAUGGAUGCAGAGCUGGAGUUUGCCAUCCUGCCCAGCACAACUGGCAAACAGCUUUUUGACCAGAUAGUGAAGACGAUCGGUCUGAGGGAGACGUGGUUCUUUGGGCUUCAGUAUAAGGACAGCAAAGGCUUCUCAACCUGGCUCAAGCUGAACAAGAGGGUGACUGCUCAAGAUGUGAAGCGGGACAAUCCUUUGUUGAUCAAGUUCAGGGCCAAGUUUUACCCCGAGGACGUCGCCGAAGAGCUGAUCCAAGAGGCAACUCAGCGGCUCUUUUUUCUGCAGGUAAAGGAGAGCAUCCUAAAUGAUGAUAUAUACUGUCCACCUGAGACUGCGGUGCUUUUGGCCUCAUACGCUGUUCAGGUCAAGCUCGGAGACUACAGGGAUGAUUAUCACGUACCGGGAUAUCUCGCAAAAGAGAAGCUGCUGCCACAGAGGGUUUUGGAGCAGCACAAGCUGAACAAGAGUCAGUGGGAGGAAAGAAUCCAGGUGUGGCAUAAAGAGCAUAAAGGGAUACUCAGAGAAGAUGCAAUGUUAGAGUACCUGAAGAUAGCACAGGAUCUGGAGAUGUAUGGGGUCAACUAUUUCAACAUCAAGAACAAGAAAGGCUCGGAGCUGUGGUUAGGGGUGGACGCACUGGGGCUAAACAUCUAUGACAAAAAGGACAAGCUGACUCCAAAGAUUGGCUUUCCCUGGAGUGAGAUCAGAAAUAUUUCCUUCAACGACAAGAAAUUUGUCAUCAAGCCCAUCGACAGGAAAGCUCCGGACUUUGUCUUCUAUGUACCUCGCCUUCGCAUCAACAAACGCAUCCUGGCAUUGUGCAUGGGGAAUCAUGACCUGUACAUGCGCAGACGUAAGCCCGACACCAUCGAGGUGCAGCAGAUGAAGGCCCAAGCUCGUGAGGAGAAGAACAAGCGACAAAUGGAGAGGGCUCUGCUCGAGAGUGAAAAAAAAAAGCGAGAAAAUGCUGAGAAGGAAACAGAGAAGAUUGCUCGGGAGACCAUGGAGCUGAUGGAGCGAUUGAGACAGAUUGAGGAACAGACAAAGCGAGCUCAAGAUGAGCUGGAGGAGCAAACUCGCAGGGCGCUUGAGUUAGAGAAGGAAAGAAAAAUUGCUCUGGAGGAGGCUGAGCGCCUGGACAAAGACCGCAGAGCUGCAGUAGAGGCUAAAGCAGCCCUGCUGCACCACUCUGAGACCCAGAUCAAAAAUCAGGAAAACCUGGCCACUGAGCUGGCAGACCUUACUUCUAAGAUCUCUCAGCUGGAAGAUGCCAAGAAGAAAAAGGACGAUGAGGCGAAAAGAUGGCAGAAAAGGGCAGUGAUGGUAGAAGCUGAUUUGCAGCGAACAAAAGAAGAGCUGAAGACUAAACUCAUGGGUGUCCACAUCCAGGAUUCGGUCCACUCUAACAUCCUCGACCACGAUGAGACGGAUGAGAGCAGCGCAGAGGCGAGCGCUGAGCUGACUUCACCGGGGAUGGUCCGAGAUCGCAGCGAGGAGGAAAGAGUCACAGAGGCCCAGAAGAACCAGAGACUACAGAAAAACCUAAAGUUCCUGAGCACCGAACUGGCUCGAGCUGUAGACGAGAGCAAAAAGACCCCCAAUGACCUGAUCCACGCUGAGAAUGUGAGGGCGGGCCGUGACAAAUACAAGACCCUGCGUCAGAUUCGUCAGGGCAACACUAAACAACGCAUCGAUGAGUUUGAGUCCAUGUGAGCAGGAGUGCUGUCGGCCCGCUCAGCCUGGAGGAGAGAUUAAGUUCGGAUGAGCUGGACACACACAGAGAUUUUAGAAGUCUAGGGGAACAUUAUCACGUUAAUCGUAAAUUAAGUUUAGGAAGGACAGUUUGAACCCGAAAACAAAUUAUAUUAUAGACAAUGUUGACGAUUUCUUUAGUAAGCAAGUCAGUGAGAAUGUAGCAGCUGUUCUUCUAGAUGCAUUUUUAAUUUCACACACACCCACAUUCCCACUUCUCAUUUGUGAACAGGUUUGCUGUUGCCCUUAUCAGUCUGAUUACAUCCUACUGCACUUCCAAUAUAUCCGAUUGAAAACCUUAUUAAUGUUGAUUAAUUGAAGCAGUGACAUUUAAGGCAAAUUUUUUUAUUCCAGCAAAAUGUGAAAUCAUCUUUUCUUUAUCUCGGAAAUAGAAGUAAAAAAUAAAACAGAGAGACACAACUGAUGUGGGUUGGGUGCAUUAUUUUCCAUAUGAGCAAUAUUGGGUGUCUAAUGAGUAAAUCUGCUGCCGGUUAUCAGUUUUAAAUGCAUGUUUGUGUAAUAUAAUGUAAUAUAGACGAAGUUAACUUGCCACUGUGGUGCAGGGAUGUGGCUGGGGGGCCUUAAAUUCAACUGGCCCUGUCAAUGAAAACAUGGGUGGAAAUGAACCUUUUUGGUAUAAAUGCACCUUUGUAAGCAUAUUCUUUAAAACUUUAUUUUGAGAAAUGAGAACAAAUUGCUGUAAAAAUAAAAAUCUUACAACAUGAUUUUACAGUAUUUCAAACAUACAGUAAUAUUCUGUAAACAGCAAUGCAUUCUGGGAGCUUGGAUAAAGCUUAUACUGUAAAAUUCCAUAUUUAUAGAUGCAUUGUGGGAUUUAAAAUAGUCCUAGGAAUUUUCAGCAGUGUAUGGAGGGAUUUCUAGUGGUGGUAAGUGACUUAUUUAAUUCAUUUGUUAUUUUAAUAUUUCCCUCUUUGUGUUUAGCAGCUUUAAAUUGGGCAUUUUUGAAAGUAAUGUUAUAUCACCGCUCGUUGUCUGCUAACAAGGUUAAGGUUAGCUUGAUUGUUGCUGAUGCAAUCAUCAGUGAAUGCAGAGGAGCUUUUGGCACUGAUACAUAAGGUCAGCUUUCAGCAUGAAUCAUAAUUUUGCAAAUCAGGAAUGUAGUUUAUGGUUAAAUUAAUAAAAGUUGAUGUGCUCAGCAAGUAA